AUGGCCCGUGGCCCUGCUGGGACGAGCCCGGGAAGGCGGCCCCAACUGUUGCCGCUGCUGCCUCUGCUUCUGCUGCUGCUCCGGGACGCGGGCGGCAGCCACCCGGCCCCCGCCUGGUCCGCCUCGCCUGCAGCCUCUGAUGGUCUGGCUGGGAUCAAGGACCCCUGGCGGUCCCUGGGGGACGCGGCCACCACUCUGGGCCCCGGCGCCCAAGACAUGGUCGCUGUCCACAUGCUCCGGCUUUAUGAGAAAUACAGUCGGAGGGGCGCGAGGCCAGGAGGGGGCAACACGGUUCGCAGCUUCCGGGCCCGGCUGGAAGUGGUCGACCAGAAGGCUGUGUAUUUCUUCAACCUGACUUCUAUGCAGGAUUCAGAAAUGAUCCUCGCGGCCACAUUCCACUUCUACUCAGAACCUCGGUGGCCCCGGGCACGAGAGGCCCCAUGCAAGCAGCGGGCCAAGAAUGUGUCCUGCCGCCUACUGCCCCUGGGCCUGCCCGCUCGCCAGCACCUUCUCUUCCGCAGUCUCUCUCAGAACACGGCCACACAGGGGCUGCUCCGCGGGGCCAUGGCCCUGGCGCCCCCGCCUCGGGGACUGUGGCAGGCCAAGGACAUCUCCCCCAUUGUCAAGGCAGCCCGCCAAGAUGGCGAGCUGAUCCUCUCUGCUCAGCUGGAUCCUGGGGAGAAGGCCCCAGGGGUGUCCAGGCCCAGCCCGCACGCACCCUACAUCCUCAUCUACGCUGACGACCUGGCCAUCUCGGAGCCUAACAGUGUGGCAGUGACACUACAGAGAUAUGACCCCUUCCAGGCUGGGGACCCGGAGCCCGGCGCUGCCCCCAACAGCUCGGCGGACCCCCGCGUGCGCAGGGCCACGCAGGCCACCGGACCCCUCCAGGACAACGAGCUGCCAGGGCUGGACGAGAGGCCGGCACACGCCUCCCACGCCCAGCACUAUCACAAGCACGAACUGUGGCCCGGCCCUUUCCGGGCGCUGAAGCCGCGGCCUGGGCGCAAGGACCGCCGGAAGAAGGGCCCGGAUGUGUUCAUGGGCUCCUCGAGGGUGCUGGACUUCGACGAGAAGACGAUGCAGAAAGCCCGGAGGAAGCAGUGGGCCGAGCCGAGGGUCUGCUCCCGCAGGUAUUUGAAGGUGGACUUCGCAGACAUCGGGUGGAAUGAAUGGAUCAUCUUGCCCAAGUCCUUCGACGCCUACUACUGCGCCGGCGUGUGCGAGUUCCCCAUGCCCAAGAUGGUCCGCCCGUCCAACCACGCCACCAUCCAGAGCAUCGUCAGGGCUGUGGGCAUCGUCCCAGGCAUCCCAGAGCCUUGCUGCGUUCCCGACAAGAUGAACUCUCUUGGGGUCCUCUUCCUGGACGAGAACCGGAACGUGGUUCUGAAGGUGUACCCCAACAUGUCUGUGGAGACCUGUGCCUGCCGGUAAGACCAGCCACUGCGGGUGGAAGGAAAUCUCCGCCCCACCCCACAUCCAGCAGGGUAGCAUCCUCAGGGCCUUCUGGGGUAAGGCCUUGAUGAGGGAUGCAGCUGUAUAUGUGGGGCAGAGCUCAGAGGCACCCUGGCUGGGUCCCAGAAAGAUCUGUCCCCUGGGGCACAUUCUGGGGUCUCUCAUUGCCAAUGACUUAGCCCCCCUACAUGCCAGUCUGAAUCCCCUGAAGGAAUCUGGGAAUUAGGGCUCGCCUGAAGGCUGCCCAUUGCCCAUCCCCUCUGCUCUGAAGACCCGAAAGCCGGAUGUGUCUGUAGUGUUGGCUUUUGUGACCAUCAUCUCAAAACCUUGGGAGAAGACUGCAAACUUGAGGGCACCUGCUGUCUUCACAAGAAAGAACCUCUGUUUAAAGAAUCCGUUUAAAACACUCUGGGCCACAUACUGAUUCUGGAAAACAGGGCCUAAAUAACGGUAUAAACUUCCAAACUCUGCUGCAAAAGCUUUCACAGAAGCCGUAUGCACCUAUAACCAAUUUUGGUUUCUUUUUCUUAAUAUAUAUUUUAUUUUAAAACAAAGAGGAGGGGGUGGACGCCAUUCCCCGCAGAGGUAAUCAUGCCGGUUAAGUGUGCAUUGUUUAAACAUGUUUAUUGAAAUAACACCUACAAUAAUAUGUUGGAAU